AUGGGUCUCAACAAGAAGCUGCAGCAAUUAAGGCAUUCUGCAGCAGCAGCAGCGGCAGUCCGCAGGUUCAUUGUCAAGGAUAGUGUUGAACAACGAAUCGCUCAGCUGCACAAAACACGCAUCGCCUCGAAAACCCCCAGCGAAGCCCUUCUUUGCGAGCGGCUGUCUUUGGAAGAUCUCCACGAAUUGUUGCAGAUUGGAAGGAAAGAAGCAGCAGCAAAUCCUGCAGCAGCGGCUUCACCUGCUGCUGCUGCUGCUGCUGCUGCUCGGGCCGAGGCUCCCGCUGCCUCCACAGCGGCAGGAGCAGCAGCAGCAGCAGAGGCCUUUUGUGGCGAGCGUUCGCUAGAGUGUUUAGCAGCAGACCCACAAGCAGGUGAUUACACAGCCGCAGAAACAACAGGAACAGGAGCAGAAACUACUACGGAUGCAAUCCCAUCCACAGCAGCAGGAAGCUCCGCGCUGCGGCUGCUACAGGGUGUUUCGGGUACGCAGGAAGUAGAUCAGGAAGCACGAUGGAGUGAGGCAGCAGCAGCAGCAGCAAGCGACAAAGCAGACGCCCUGCAGUCUUUCCUCGAGGACGUCUAG